AUGACGACAAGGACAGGAUUGUCACUCCUACCUGGUCACUUUCAACUUGAUGAUGAAGAAAAAGCUGAGUAUUUUAUAUUAAAAAUUGCUUAUGAUUCUACUCUACUACAAUCAUUGAGGAAGUUGGUCACAAAGAAUAAAUUAUUUGUGGCUAAUUAUAACUUUGAAGGACUAAGUCCACAUGACCUAACUUUAAAGGAAGGAGAAGUACUUGAAGUUGUUAAAUAUGAUGAUGAUGAUGGAUGGUGGUAUAUGCAUUCACUUGAUACAGACAGUAAAGGAUAUGUACCAAUUAAUUAUAUAGCACCAAUAAAAGGAAAAUACUCACCAAUGUACUACAAGUACAUCUACUAUCAUACAGUGAGUCGUGAUGAAGCAGAGGAGAGACUGAGUCAAGCAGACACUCAAGCAGGUACUUUCCUAAUUAGAGAGAGCAUAUCUGGACCAAAUACUCUCUCGGUUAAAGAUGGAGUUACUAUCAGGCACUACCAUAUAUCUAUUGAGAAUAAUCAGUAUUACAUAAACCCUCGUGUAAAGUUUGACUCACUCAAUGACCUGGUACAACACUACAUGACUGAAGCUGAUAGUCUGCCCUGCUCACUAACAGUUCCUAUACCCAAACAAGCAAACACACCCAUUGCAAAGAAUAAAGAGUUGGAAAUUAAUAAGUCGCAUAUCAAGUUUGAACAAUGCAUAAACGCUGGACAGUUUGGAGAGACAUGGAAGGGUGAUUGGAAAGAUAAAGGGCCAGUUAUCAUUAAAACAAAUAUAGCAACAGAUAUUACACAAGAAACAUUACUUGUAGAGGCUGGCAUAUUGCAAAAACUUCAUCAUAAGAACAUCAUCAGUCUAUAUGGUGUUUGUACUGAAAGUUAUCCUUUUUACAUUGUAACAGAACCAAUGAAUGAAAACCUCAAAUAUUAUCUAAAUAAAACUCUCAUAACACCAGCAGAGUUGGUAGAUAUUGCUAUUCAAGUUACUGAAGGUAUGAUUUACCUAGGAGAACAAGAUUACAUUCAUUGUGAUCUAAGAGCAGAGAAUAUACUAGUAUACAUUAAUAUAGGAGAUCAUAACACUGUCAAGAUAGCAAACUUUCAUCUUAUCCAACAUCUUAAUGGCAAGAAAUACUGGACUGUUAAGGAAGACACUAAGGUAGUUCUAAGAUGGACAGCACCUGAGUUUUUUACAUUAAACCGACUGAGUAUUAAAUCUGAUGUUUGGUCAUUUGGUAUAUUACUAUGGGAACUGGCUACCAAAGGAAAGGAACCAUAUCCUGACAUGGCUACUGAAGAAGUAAAGGAGGCAGUAUCAAAAGGUUAUCAUAUGCCCAUACCCCGAGAUUGUCCUGAACCAUUUAAACAACUUAUGCCUAACUGCUGGAAAAAUCAUGAAUAUAAAAGGCCAAAUUUUAACAAUAUCAUUGAUAUACUUCUCAAAUACAAAAUAAGUUAUUUGUAA